AUGGACGCCGUUUACCCGACGCCCGGAUACGGCAAUGGUCACCAGCAAUUCGGCCACGACGGCCACCCCUCCUUGUCAGGUAUGAUGGGAUACAGCGACUUUGAUGGAGGUCACCAACCAGAAUCGCCGUCCGGCAGUACUCCUCCAGCUACCAUGACUGAUAGUGAGCUCGACGAUGACGAUCUCACUCCCCUGGAGUACGCGCGGAACCACGGCCUCACGCGAGACUACACCCGGAACUACGUGCAAGAAGCCAUGGACUGCCUUCCCCCCACCCCAGAGAGCAUGCAUUCCGACAUGAUGCAUCCUUCUAUCGAACUCGAUAGUACGGAUAUCAGCCCAGAUACACUGGGUGAGAAGCUGGUCCUCGAGACAUGGGACGUCGAUAGAGAGACCGUCAAAUUCCUCACCUCGGUCAUGGCUCUGGCUGCCGACCAGCCUAACAUGUGCGUUGAGGAGCUGGAUGAUUGUCUACUCUCUCGGUCUCUGAAGAUCGAAGAAGCCGUGCUGUCGAGGGAUCCGGAACUGGAGUUGAGGCAGCUGAAGCGGCAUAAUGCUAUUAGCCUCCCGGCGGAAGCAGCGGCAUUUGUUCGAACAACCACGGAAGAUGAGCAGCAGCCCCUCUGGACCACAGCUGAGCUCGCUCUACCACACAAAAUGGAUUGCAAGGUCGCACAGGAGAGACUGGAUAUCGGCAGGGACGUCAUCAGCUAUCUCGAGGAUGUGCUGAGCUUGUCGGAAUCUCAGGACGUGGACUUCUCUGAUCCUGAUUCUCAACGGGUGACUUUGCGGUCUCCUACGUCGCAGAUCAGAGCUGACCAUCUCCAGCCUGCUGUUGUCAGACACCUGACUCCUCCUUUACUUCCGCUCCAGCCUCCACCAACUGUGCAGGGGAUCUCAGCGCACGCGGCUGAGCUUGACCUGACGUCUUCGCCGGAAGAUCUCAUUGCUGCGGAAGCCGAGGCUCUGGAGAAGCAGAUGGCUGAGCGAGAUCGUCUCUCUCCACCAAAGUCUGGACAUACGCCUACGGACGAGCUACGAGACAGCGAUCUUCUGGCAGGAUAUCGCCCGUCAUCGACGACCUUGUCUUGGGGUUCGCCAUCCCCAGGCCGGCGUAAAAGACUUGAAGAUCUCAGGCCCGAAGUUCCUUUACUGCCAGUCGCCGAUGAACGUCCUGCAAAGCGGCCAAAGACGGUAUCCUUUUCUGAUGAACUGCUCGCCAUCAUUCCCGACAAGAUCCUCGAUGAGCCCGCUCUGAGCAUGGACGAGCUCGAGCAGGAUUCAGAUCAGUUCAUGGUUGACGUCUUAGCGCCUUUCGCCGAAUCUGGUAUCAAGCAAGUCAACAAUGAGCAGCUAGUCGAGUCGGACACCACCUUGCGAGUGCCGGUGCCUGGGGUGGACGCCGUGGAGCUGUAUCGGCCGUGGCAAGAUCUUCGUGCUGAAAGGUCCACACCAGAACUACCUACCAGCCAGAAAGCAUUCAUGUCGUUGAUGAAGAACGACUACUGCCGGACUCAGCAGAGAUGGGCUGGGGUUUCAAAGCUCGAGCAGACACUGCCUUGGACAGCAUUCCCAUCCAUCCUUGCCAAGGUUCCAGAGGAAGAGUUUGAUGACGGUUCGUUUGCAAGAUACAUGUCAGGGCUCUCGCUGGAUGACACGAUCAAUGUUGACGAGUUGAUCUGGUAUCAACCUCUGGAUGAGGAGUCGGACGACGAGCUUGACAAACUGGAGCCUCUUGCGUUUGAGAGCGACGAAACCCUCAACGCACCGGAUGCUCUAAUAGAGCCCUGUCUAGAAAACCGGUUUGGCAACGACGAGGCUUACACAAAUUUGCCAGCACCUGCGCCACUAGUCACCACAGCCCGCGGCGGCUUGGAUAUGGCAGCAUUGCUGAGGAAGCGCAAGCAGAAGCUCGAGACAGCCGGCAACCGUAAGAAUAAAUUCCAAUCGCCGGACCAACACCACGCACCUCAAAGGGCAGCCCCGGAUGCUCAAGUCCCAACAUUCGGUGGCCUGUCCGGCUUCAUCAGGUUGCAUGGGGACAUCGAUUUGAACAAGCAACCAGCAGUGGCAGAGCUGCCAGAACCGGUACAACAAAAACAGCAACCUGCACCUCAAGCGGUGAUGGUACAGACACACCCUGCCGAUGCUAAUCAUGCCUUUCUCAAAUGCCCUGCUCCGGAGGUAUUGCCAGUCAAGCACGCAGCAUCCCUCAUCAUAUCAUCCGCGAUGCUCACGAGACGCGACCUCACCCGCUCAUUUCAAGCAGCCCUACCAAAGGUAGAUCUGAUCGAACGGAUAUCUACAUCUCCCGCCAGCGGGACAGGAUCGCAUGCUGCCGCCGAUCCUUUCGAGGCUGACAUCACCAUCUCACCAAGCAUUGGCGUCCUCACCACGACACUGCAGAAGCUGAAGCAGAAAGCUCUGCCUGGACAGACGGCAUUCUUCGGCGUCAAAGAGCGGAUCGUCUCGGUCUCUGCUCGUUAUCCAAGACUCGUUGUUCUCGUGAGCGAGGGGCAGCAGUCAUCGAACGAGAUUGCGGCCAACGGCAUGUCCGCAAAUCUCGACGAGCGAGACUGCGAAGCUUUGUCAGACUUGUACGGCCUAUCCACACAACUGGACACCGAGAUCGAGGUCGUCUAUGUGCCGGGCGGCGAAACCAAACUUGCAAACUGGCUUGCUGCGCUGCUUUCUCGCAAUCUGCAAGCAAAGCAGACCACUCAGCUGCUGCAAGAUGAGACGAUGUGGGAGCGUUUUCUGCGGACGACUGGGAUGAACGCAUUCGCUGCUCAAGCUGUGCUGGCGAAGUUGAACCCAGACAAGGGGGUGGAAGGCUCGUCUGGUGUUGGCGAGCCGAAGCCGUAUGUUCACGGCCUUGCUGCCUUUGUGCAGAUGAUGGCGGACCAACGUCUCGAGAUCCUUGGGACUGUGGUCAACAGUAAAGGCAUACUUCAACGGGUCAACGGCGUGCUGGAAGGGCCUUGGAAGGUUGCGUAA